UGAGAAAGGCUGGUCUCCCAAUAUUUCCUUAACAGAAGGGAGGAGAACCCUAAUUUUGUCUCUCCCAAGAGACGAAAGGAAGGGAAAAAUGGUGUUUUACUUCAAAGCCCGGCCAGAAGCUGGCGAUUACACCAUUUUCAUGGGUCUUGACAAGUACGAGAACGAGGAGCUCAUCAAAUAUGGCUUCAUCAAAGAUAUCUGGUUCCAUGUGGAUAAGAUGUCUUCUGCCCAUGUUUAUUUAAGACUUAAAAAGGGUCAAACCAUUGAUGAUAUAAGCGAAGGCGUUCUCGAAGAUUGUGCUCAGCUUGUUAAAGCUAAUUCCAUCCAAGGCAACAAGGUGAAUAAUAUUGAUGUUGUUUACACUCCAUGGUCCAAUUUGAAGAAAACUCCUUCAAUGGAUGUUGGCCAAGUUGGCUUUCACAAUUCCAAGAUGGUUCGGACUGUGAGAGUGGAGAAGCGGAUAAAUGAGAUAGUUAACAGUUUGAACAAGACUAAAGUGGAAAGGAAACCUGAUUUGAAAGCUGAGAAAGAAGCAGUUUAUGCAGCGGAAAAAGCCGAGAGAAAGCAACAGUUGAGGGAAAAGUGAUUAUCCUACUUGAUUUUGCUCAUGGCGAAAAGGUAGUUAUAUUGCAGCAGAGUCAUGAAACUUAGGCAGAAACGCCGAGAGGAGAUGCAAAGGCUUGAAAAGGAAAGACAAGCAGAAAUAAGAAGCUACAAGGGUCUGAUGGUCUCUGAAAAGAUGACAUCAAACAAACAAAUUGCAGCGACAAGCAAGUCUUUCCAGGAAGUAGAAGAGGAUUUUAUGUGAAAUAUACUGGUAUUUCAUCGCUAAUUACGAUUCUUCUAGCUGCCAGAAACUUGCUGUCUGUCAAAGAAGGGUGGUUUCUUUUUACUUCUUUUUCAUUGCAAGCUUAAGUUAUUUGCCUUGAUUAAGUCGGCUCACUUAGGAUUUUUACCUCCAUCAUUUUGGGUGAGAUGAACUUCUGCUAUAGGUGCCAUAGAUUCUAUAAGACACGAUUCAGAUCUCCAUUGUUGAUUAAGGUGUUGUUUCUCUUUCAAUUUAUAUUUAUUCUGAUCCCAAAUGUGCAAAUGAUCAUGCCGUAUGGUAGGAUGGUUUUUAUGGUAUUGCAGUUGAGUGCGUGUUCAAACAAAUGACUAGUUUAAUUUUCUAGUUGACUCUUGGUUCUGCUCAUUGGGUGUGUACUUUAAACUUCGGAAGACGUUAUGCAUUUAAGUUCUUAAAUUGUUUACUUUACGAGGUCUGGUGGAUACAUGUAAUUUGAGUUUAAUAUUUAGUUGGCUGGAUGAGAUUGUUGUGAUUCUUUUU